UCUGUCGGAUGACCCGCCCUUGUUUUGCUCGUCGUCGUCUUCUUUCUCCACAAUACAAAUCUCACAAGAGCUGUGAGGGGCCAUGUCUGCCUCACCACCAUCCAAGAAGAGGACCAGCCGAGCCUGUGUAUACUGCAAGAGCAGAAAACAAAAGUGUGGUGGAUAUACUGCCGAAAUCAAAUGUUCAGCCUGUCAGCAGCGCAAGAUCCGAUGUUCCUUCGAAGAUGAAGCCGAAGAUCCUCGGUACAACCCUUAUCUAAGGUACGAACAAGCGGCGGCAAGGCAGAACGCGAUGUAUAAUGGUAAUGGGGAUGAGCCUUCCGGUACUGGAUCUUCCGCCAUUGGACCAUUUAGAACUGGUAGCAGACCCUCAAUUGGAGAUUCCAAUGGUGGACAUAAUGGGCACAGGGACAGUUGGCAGCAUAUCGCGCCGCAAGCUGAAGCUGGACCGUCGAGGCAGCAUUCAACAGCUGGUCUGCCUCUUAAUCCGCCGCAAAGUAUCGCCAUGGCGGGUCGAGUCUCAAGUGCGAGGAAUGAUCACUUGUCCUCUCCCCAUAGUCAAUCACCACCUAUACGCUCUCCCUUGCCUUCUGACUUUCGCGGGCCAUUGAGGACUCUGCAACAUCUCGUCAGUGAUGAUCUGAAAUCUGUCGAAGAUGUAGAUCCCAUCAGGCGACAUGUCAUCACGCCCGGCGAAGCGUCCAUGCUCUUCCAAAUAUUCUUCAAAAACUGCCAUGCGCACGCUCCGUUUCUCGACGUUCAAGCCAAUUCAGAUUGGAAAAAAUGCCAAGACUCUAGCUCUCUUCUAUUCUUGGGCAUCCUGCAAGUUGCAGCGAGGUACUGGGGCCAUUCUUCAAGGGCCGACUCGUGGCUACAUCCGCGGUACAAUGAAUUGGUCGCUUUGCUCGAUAUGGAAGUCACUCGACUGACACUUCGACCACGAGACGGGGAUGCCAGCCUAGCAACGCUACAAGGACUAAUGCUCUACGCUCAUUGGAUGCCCCUCGAAGUCGCGCCGCAUGGUCAAGUGAGAUUCAGAUUCUCAGAGACAGGCGCUUGGCAGGCUUUAGGUCUGGCUAUACGUUGGGCCACUCAGCUGGACCUAGAUAGCGUGGCGGACUUUUCAGCCGAGACGGGCAAUGUACAGGAAUUUCGAACCGUCGCGUAUUUGACGGAGAGUGACCACUACGUCUCUCUAUCGACGCGACGUCGUCCGACGCUUGACACUCAAGGCCUGGCUAUUGGCUGUUCGGCUUUUCUCGCUUCGGGCAGGACACAAUCUACGGACUUGCGUCUAGUCUCCCUUUUGCGUGUGGCUCAUGCCUCUUCGAUCAUACUUCGCGGAGUCGUUUCUGGGUCUGUCAGCGUCGAGUCUGUCAAGGCAUUCAACGAGGAUGUAAUCCAGGUGGAACGUGACUAUAUCGAAACCGCCUCUCGCCAAGGAGGCGGGGUAGACAGUCAUGCACGGCAGUUCCCGUAUACUUCACUCCGGUGGUAUCGCCUCGCAUUCGCAAGCGUCCUGCUCAAUUCGGCCUCACCAUGGUCAGCUAUCGGAGAAAUGUUCCAUUGGGCCGUGAAUUGGGCCAGUCAAAUCCUCUUUUUCCUAUCCGGAUCGGCGAAUCGAGGGGAGCGAAACUUGACGGACGAUACGGGUGAACCUCUGUUGCCUGAUCCCUCAUUGGUCCAUUUCUUGACAUUUGCAAUCGACCACUACUAUGUGGUGGUGGCAUAUUCAGCUGCGUUCUUGGUGGUGGCUUGGCGCCAGGGAGCCAUUGACGGUGGGUCUGCGUUUUACAGGGGCCGGGUUAACGUUCAGACCACCUGGAAACUUGCCCCCAAACACCCAAUCAGUUGACUCGCUCCACGGCAAUUUCUCAAAGCUCUCUCUUGUACCGCUUG